AAUCGAAACUCACAUGCUAACAGUUUAAACCUGACAUAAGCGGCGGUGGUCUCACACCGAGCUUUACUCGCCUUCACGAGGCGGCGCGCGCUCACGCGCGCAGCGACGGGUUUUUGGCGGAGGUCGCGUGAUGGCGCGUCACCGGCUCCCUCUGGUGGCAGGUGGAGGUAACGUUCGCCAACGGUGAGAGAAACAUGUUCAGCCCGCCGCUUCACAGGCAGCGACAUCAGUUCGUAAUUGAUUUUGUAAAGAGGAACAAGCCCAAAAAGGUGGCGGACUUGGGCUGUGGCGAGUGCGGCCUGCUCAGGAGGCUGAAGUUCCACCGUGAAGUUGAGCUUCUGGUGGGAGUGGACGUCAGCAGCGCUAAGGUCAAAAAGAAGAUGUAUGGAUUAUCUCCUUUGGCAGCUGACUACCUUCAGCCGAGUUGUGAUCAGCUGUGCGUUGAGUUGUACCAAGGAUCCGUCACACAGAAAGACUCCCGCCUCAGAGGAUUUGAUCUGGUGACCAGUAUUGAGCUCAUAGAGCAUCUUUCUCCUGCUGAUGUGGGGUCCUUCUCUGAUGUGGUGUUUGGUUACAUGACUCCUGUGGUGGUUAUUGUCAGCACUCCAAACUCUGAGUUUAACCCACUUCUCCCUGGACUGGUCGGUUACAGACACACUGACCACAAAUUCGAAUGGACCAGAGCAGAGUUCAGAUCCUGGGCUCUAAAGGUGUGUGAGGACUAUGAGUAUGAGGUAGAGUUCACUGGUGUUGGACAGGCGCCACCAGGCCAGCAGGAGCAAUUUGGUUUCUGCUCCCAGAUUGGUGUGUUUCAGCGUCUUGGAGGUAAACAUGGAUGCAACACAUUUGGUGAUGGGGCAGAAGAGAUGUUCUCAUAUACACUGUUGUUUAGCAUAAACUACCCCAGCCUGCGUGACAACACCACCCUGCAGAGGGUCCUGGUGAGCGAGGUGUUGUACUGGGCGGAGAAGCUGAAGAGCGGAUGGACAGACCAGGAACCGGAGCGGGGCAGUGUUUCCACAAGGCGUCAGAGCGAGGGCGCAGCAGGUGAAACGCACAGGGGAAGUCCAGUGGGUCUGUUCAGCAGGCGUGUGUCAGAAGAACAGGAUGAGGAGGUGUCCUGGACAAAUCUCCAAGGACAACAGGAAUCGUGUACAUUAACAAGGUGUGUGGCUGUCCCUCUGGCUGUGCUGUGGUCCUGCUGUCCCAAGGUCAGGGACCUCAGUGGAAGUCUGAGCAACCUCAGACAGUUACUGCUGGAUGAACCCAAAGUUAAACUGAGCCAGGAUUGCUCUGCUGUGCUUUUACAUUACAAGGAACCAGAUCCUGAAGAGGAGGAUUUUAAUGUUUUGGAGGACAGUGGCUACGCAGAGGCCAGUCACUGCUCACACAGCGCUCAACACUGGGAGGACUGGCAGGCAGAUCUUUGACCUGGAGGAUUUAUUUGUCUUUUCAUGACAAGUAGGUGACUUGUUCAAAGAAGAACUUUCCUGCUAGACUGUGGAAAGGAUUUUUCAUUUCAUCAUUUCUUGGUUUACUUGGUUGUACAGUUACAAUAAAACAAAGAAAAAAUAAAUGACCUGGCCUCUAACAUGUGGAUAGAGAUGCACACUUAAGAGUAAAUGUAAUAAGCCUAAUAAAAAAUCUAAAGUGACACAAUG